GUUAGGGACUAGUUUGUUGGAGUGGAUUAGACUAACUGACAGAGAAAGAGAUGUAAUAAACCGCCGCAUUCCAACGGUUAUUAACGUUAGCCUGACUGUUUAUUUCAACUCCUAACAACUGAGCUUCAUAUUAAAAAUCCUACUCCUCGGUUAGACCUCUGACAUUAUCAGCUAGCAGUCGGCAACUAGGUCACAGCAGCGAAGUCCCGUUUGUUUUUUUCCUUUUCAGAUAUUCGUGUAGGGCUGCAGGUUUGUACACAAAAACCUGCGACCAAUCCAUUUUUAUUAGCCUUCAGUGGCAGUUAAGAAGAUAUUGCCCCCUGUGUCUCUCCUGUGUUUGCCAUUUGGGUAAAUGCAGCCGGCAGAUUCAACACAAAAACGAUUAUGAGGUUUAGCGACAUACGCCUUUUACAACGCAUACGAUAAUCUAAUAUAUUAAUAAGACGUUGCCAAUUGAGUCUCUAAAAACUCUAUGAUUUCUACCAAGGCAACUACACCACUCAAUGACCAGCACAGAAAAAUAAGUUUGCAACGAAAGUGCGACUAGCAUCGGAGGUGGGCAAGCCUAGCGGUGUAUUGUGGGAGAGACAGGAGCCACAGACCAGAGGCACACAAUAUGUGUUGGCUCUCGUUGAAAAGGAGGCAGUAUUCUUCAAGCUAAAUCAUGUAAUGUAAGCGGCGAAAGGAAAGCGAUUUCGUCUUUUCAUCAGUUAAAGAAAAACCACUCGAUCGGACGAACCAUGUCCAAGCCAGGGGAGAAAAACAGAUUGAACGAAGACCAUGGCAGAAAGCAGAGUUCAAGUUUGGCGAACGGCAUGGACAGUCAUCCCGUCUGCGGCUCGGCGGAGAAGCGGAGUCACCACUGGAGAAGUUACAAGUUGAUUAUCGACCCGGCGCUGAAGAAGGGAUCACACAAACUGUAUCGCUACGAUGGACAGACUUUCAGCAUGCCCAACCCCGGGAUACCACCGGUGGACAUCGUCCGAGACCCGAGGAUCGGCCGUCUUUGGACUAAGUACAAAGAGACAGACCUGCCGGUGCCAAAAUUUAAGAUCGACGAUUGUUAUAUCGGCCCUGUGCCUCCAAAGGAGGUGACAUUCGCCAGGCUAAACGACAACAUCAGAGAAGGAUUUCUUACGGACAUGUGCAAAAAAUUUGGAGAAAUCGAGGAGGUCGAGAUCCUGUAUAAUCCGAAGAACAAAAAGCACCUGGGAAUUGCCAAAGUUGUUUUUGAGACUGUGAAAGCCGCCAAGGUGGCCGUGCAGUCGCUUCACAACACGUCUGUUAUGGGAAACAUCAUCCACGUGGAGCUGGAUCCAAAAGGUGAGAAUCGCCUUAGGUACUUCCAGCUCCUGAUGAAUGGCAGCUACACUCCAAGGACCCUGCCCGUUGGUGGAGAGGAGGCCAGAGAAGUUUCUCCUCGUAGCCUGGCAGAAGCCCUACUGGAUCCCAUCCGCAGGUUGUCAGAGAGCAACAUGUCAGCUGUGGGAGCAACAUUGCCACCCAGCAGCUCCACCACUCCUCUGUCCCUGGAGACAGGCUACUCCAGCCUAAGGCAGGACACACCCCAGUCCCAGGGAACCCCUCAUACCCCACGCCAGUCAAGUACGCCCUUUUCUCAAGACUCCAAUUACUCUAGUCGGCAGUCCACGCCUGCAUACCAGUCCAGCCGGCCCGAGAGCUCCGGAGGAUACAAAUCCCGGAGACACGAGAGUAAGUUCCAGGAUGCUUACAACCGCAGACCGGAGAGGCCUCAGUACCGCAGCAACAUGUAUCGGAGUACAACGUCUGAACAGGCUCCCUUCAAACAGCACCAACUCACCCCACCUGAACCCCCACCCUCCACUCCCUCCUUCCCCUACACAGCACCUCCCCCUGCUACGCCCAACUUCAAGUCUGCCUUCUCGCCCUACCAGGCUCCUUUGCCCCCUGCGUUCCCCCCGUCAGAGCCGGCUUUCCAUCACCCAGCCCAAAGGGAGGGUGAGUACCUCCGACCACCGCAGCCACCUCUGGCAGCUGCCGCUGACUUUUUGCCAGUCAAGGAGAGACCAGAAACUCCUCCGAUCCCCGAGCCCCCACCUGAGCCAGUGCCCCAUCCGACCACCCCUCCUCCUCAAACACCAGAACACUGCCCCUCACCUGGCUCCCCCACGCUGGAUCCAGAGCGCAAUAGCCUGGAUUCCCGCAUUGAGAUGCUCCUCAAAGAGAAAAGGACAAAACUGCUGCCGUUCCUGGAGGAGCGAGACUCGGACACUGAGGUGCGAAUGGAGGGAAGUCCGAUUUCCUCCUCGUCCUCUCAGCUAUCCCCAAUUCCCCCUUACACAAGCGGUUCUCAAGGUGGGCAGCAAAAUUCCCGUCCCUCUAGCACAGGCUUGGAGGAUAUCAGUCCAACCCCACUGCCGGACUCGGAAGAUGAGGAGCCAAUUCCUGGAACUGCCUCUCUGAUCAAGAGAAUCAGCUCUCCUGUCCAUGAGAAGAUGAGCAACACUGACCUCAAAGAUGGACAUUUUCGAGGCCACUCUCCCACUGAUAAAAUGGAUACGAGUCAUCAGUCGUCAGGAGAAGACAUGGAAAUAUCCGAGGACGAGAUGCCUGGGACUCCAAUCACCAGUGGAGACUGUGGCAAGGGCAUUGUUGUCAACUCUGCAGUGUCCCCGAUGCAGACCAUUCCCAUCCCUCCCCCUGGUUUCCCCCCUCUACCACACCAAGCUGGCUUCGCGAUCCCACAUCACCACCUGGCCCCUCACUCUGCCGUCCCGGGACAUCCUCCUCACCUGACCGGUCAUCAUGGAGUGCCUCCCCACAUGCUGCCACACAUGGGUCCCUACCCUCAUAGCAUGAUGCCUCUGGUGCAAAUGGAGCUAAUGAACUGCUUGCGGUGGGAACAGUGGAGUACGGUCCCCAUGUCGUUCCAGAUGCAGCAGCAGAUGCUGAGUCGCAUUGCUCAGACUAGAGGGCCCUAUCCAUAUCCACAUUUUAUGGACAGUGGUGCAUCGGGGCCAUUUGGCGGGCCGUACCAACCUCUGUCUAUUGGUGCUGCACCCGCGAGCGGCAACGCAGGGGCACCUGGGCAACAAUGGCAGCAUCCCAGUAUACCAAAGUUCAACCCUACUGUUCCUCCUCCUGGAUAUGAGAGUAAAAAGGAGGAUCCGCACAAGGCCACUGUUGACGGCGUGCUGCUGGUCAUUGUCAAAGAGCUGAAGGCCAUCAUGAAGAGGGACCUCAACCGCAAAAUGGUGGAGGUGGUGGCUUUUAGAGCCUUUGAUGACUGGUGGGAAAAGAAGGAACGCUCAGCAAAAGCAUCUUUAACUCCAGUGAAGGGUGCGGAGGGGAAGGAAGAAGAAAGACCCAAACCCAAAGAAACAAUGGGUUCAAGUCUGCUGGAGAACUGGAACAAGGGCGAGGGACUGGGCUAUGAGGGAAUGGGCUUGGGAAUCGGUUUACGAGGAGCCAUCCGCCUGCCCUCCUUCAAGGUGAAAAGGAAGGACCCACCGGAGGCCGCAGCAGCAGGCGACAACAAACGAGCCCGACCCUCCACUCCAGUGGAUGAUGAGCUGGAGGAUGAAGACCGGGAUCGAGACCCAGCUGAGCUCCCCUCGGAUGAUUCUAAGAUGGACGGUGACAGCAUGUCUGCAAAGCGACGGCACUCGCGGCCACUUGAACUGGACAGUGAGGGAGAGGAGGAGUUGGACACCUCGGGGAAGGAAGAGUCUCUGUCUGACAGGGAGGAACCUGAUGAAACAGAGGCUGCAAACAGGCUGUCAUCGGGCAAAGAGAGUGGCGAUGAGGAGGGUGAUGAUGAAGACGAGGGAGACUCAUCCAGUGAGAGCGCCUCCUCAGAUUCGUCUGAUGAAGAAGCCGAGAGUUCAGCUUCGUCCAAGGCCAGCUCAGACUCCUCAGCAGAAAGCGAAGACUCCUCAGAGUACGAGUUGAGCUCGGAAGAGGGCGACGAUGGGGAAGAACGGGAGACGGCGGCAGAAGAGGCGGAGGACGAAGGCAAAGAGGCAGAGUCGUCCUCGUCCUCCUCAUCCUCAACGUCUUCAUCUUCUGAAGACGAGGGGGAGGCAGAAGCCAAGCCACCGAGCCCUCCUGCAGAACCAGUCCUAGAGGACAAGGAGGACAAUAGGAACAAGGAGGAUCUAAGCAGCAAGCCCAAACGCAGACCUCCAAGUCCCAAGGAGGAGGUAAUGGACCUGAAGCCGCCAUCACCUAAAGGCAUCCCAGUCAAAGAGCGAGAUAUCAGAGACAGCAUCAUUCCUGUAGUGAAGUCUGAACCUCAGGAGCAUGUAGCAAACCUUCGGCCGCCCACGCCAACAGGAGCCCUGCCCGACAGUGACCAGGAGUCAAAAGGCAAAGGUAAAGCAGAGCCUGGGGAAGUAGCCUGCACCCCUGGUCGAUUAGCCCCACCCCACUUAGAUUCAAACGCACCUGUCCCCAAAUCCAUCGCCACAUCUGUAAUGCACCUCCCUCUCCCUCCUCACCCGGCGAUAGAAGGUCGUUCCCUCCUUCAUCCACCCCCUGGUCCCCUACCUGACCUCCCACAGCGGCCCAGGCUCCCCACAGAUGAAGAUAUCCCCCGCACGCCAGGCAGGGACCUGAUGGAGCGUGCCCGGAGUCUGGGCAAGUCCCAGAGCACGGACACGGUGCCCAUCACACCUGGAAGUGAUGCCCCGCUUACGGGCAGUAGCCUGUUGCUUAGCUCCCCUCACAUCCCCGGUAGCCCCUUUUCCUACCCUGCUCAGUCCCCUGUCCUUAGUGCUGGAGUUCCCCGCACUCCAGGAAGAGACUUAACCUUCACCCCUGUCUUCCCUGACCCCACAGCACUAACGCUUAAUAGGAAAGUGUCCUCUGAGAGCCUGGACGAUAGGCCAGUUUUUAAGGAGCCUCCCAUUAGUGCACUCCCUAACCAAGCCCUGUCAGCUGGCACAGAGCACUCAGCCAGUGUCCCUGAAGACCUGCCUGCUGGUCUCACUGUAGACGUCCCUGUUCCAUCAGACACUGCCCCAUCAAAGAGGAAACCUGGACGACCCAAAGGCAAAAAGCCAGCUACCUCUGCGGCUGAUGAGUCUUUGGAGCUCUCAUCGGAGUCCACCCCUAUGCUUCACGAAGCAAAUCAUGAAGAUCUAUCCAUGCAUACGAUGUCCACCAAGUCUCCCGACCACCCAAGCCUGGACUUCCGGGAAGAAGACGUGGAGCCUCAGACAGUCCUGCCUGCCGAAGAUGGCUUCCUGUCCUACGAAGACGAAGCGCCCGUAGCCGUGAAGCCUACUCGGAGGGCGCGACGAGGCUGGGAGGAGCUGCUGCUGGUCAGCCUGUCCCCCGUCACCACACCCCCCCAGCCGUACUUCAACCCACGCUCAGAGUUCGAGGAGAUGACCAUCCUGUAUGACAUCUGGAACGAGGGCAUAGAUGAUGAGGACAUUCGGCUUCUGCAGAUCACUUACGACAAGAUGCUCCAGCAGGAUAACGGCAAUGACUGGCUCAACGACACGCUCUGGGUCAACCAUCCUCCUACCAACAUCCCUGGAGUGAAGAAAAAGAGGAGAGAUGACGGCAUGAGGGAUCACAUGACUGGCUGUGCCAGAAGCGAGGGAUACUACAAGAUUGACAAGAAGGAUAAGAUCAAGUACCUUCAGAGCACACGGCUGCAAUCAGAGGAGCCGCCGGUCGACACACAGGGUAUGAGUAUUCCUGCACAGGUCCACGCCUCUACAAGAGCUGGCUCGGAGCGGCGGUCGGAGCAGCGACGCUUGCUGUCCUCCUUUGCAUGUGACAGUGACCUGCUGAAGUUCAACCAGCUGAAGUUCCGUAAGAAGAAGAUCAGAUUCUGCAAGUCGCACAUCCAUGACUGGGGUCUGUUUGCUAUGGAGCCCAUUGCUGCUGAUGAAAUGGUGAUCGAGUAUGUAGGACAAAACAUCAGACAGGUGAUUGCGGACAUGCGGGAGAAGCGCUACGAGGAGGAGGGCAUUGGUAGCAGCUACAUGUUCCGCGUUGACCACGACACCAUCAUAGAUGCUACGAAGUGUGGCAACUUCGCCCGUUUCAUCAACCACAGCUGCAAUCCUAAUUGUUAUGCGAAGGUCAUCACAGUUGAGUCUCAAAAGAAGAUCGUGAUCUACUCCAGGCAGCCAAUUAACGUCAACGAGGAGAUCACGUAUGACUACAAGUUCCCCAUCGAGGACGAAAAGAUCCCCUGUUUGUGUGGGGCAGAGAACUGUAGAGGAACGCUGAAUUAACGUCCGGGUGCAGUCAGGAGAAUCUCCUACAGGGUGUAAAAAGAGCUUUCCCUAAACUUUUCUUCAAGUUUCCCGGACACAGACAAACUCAACGCCAACACCCCGGACGAGGAGGACUUGAAGAAGGGAAGGUUUUAUUUGGGAGUGAGGAGAAGAAACCUGCAAGUUGUCUGGACAGAGUUUAGGCUACCUGUAUGGCACUCUUCACAUAUUUAACUCUAGAUUGUUUACGAUUUAUGGUGCUCUUGAAAUGAAAAAUGCAUAGUUUUUUAUGUAUGCCAGUGACGCAGAUUUACAAAACACUUGACUUGCUGGUGCAGCGUUUCCUCCCCUCCUCUCAUCGUUGGACAGUAUUUCAGCAUGGCUCCUUCCUCAAAGAGUCCUGGUUUGUACAGUUUUACACUUUUUUCUCUCUCAUUUGUCUCAUAAGCUUUACGUACACCACACGUGAUACAAAAACAAAACAAAACACACAACACAGACUCACAUGAUCAGCUGCUUACUAACACUGUUGAGACGCACAAGCCCACCAGGAAAACACCUUUUCUGUGGGAGAAGACGUGGUUGCCACAUGAGCAGAUGGCAGAUGUUUCCAUCCAGCAACAGGCGGGAGGAUGGCGGAGCGUCACGGCCCGCCACGGACUGAAACCCUGCUUUCUCGCUCCUACCUCCUCUGCACCAGUUUUCUUGGAAAUAAAUCAAACUGAUGAAAAAUUCAAGCAACAACAAAAAAAAAAUGGUUAAAUCCUGCCACAAAAUAUGGAAAUUUUGGAAAUCACACCUGCUUUCACCAGCCAAUGAUGGAUCGUGCUGCUUCCUAUUAGUUUAUGCAAAAGUUAAAGAUGAUGUGCAAAAUUUGUAUUAAUGAUAUUCCAGUGUUUUCCAGUUUUGUUUAGGUAGUUCUCUUCUUGCGUGUUUCCUUCAAAGACACUAUAUUUGUGUGUGUGUGUUAGAGUUAGAGAGUGAGAGAGAGAGCGUGUGUGUGUGUGUGUGUGUGUGUGUGUGUGUGUGUGUGUGUGUGUGUGUGUGUGUGUGUGUGUGUGUGUGUGUGUGGUGUGUGUGUGUGUGUGUGUGUGGUGUGUGUGUGUGUGUGUGUGUGUGUGUGUGUGUGUGUGUGUGUGAGAGAGAGAGAAAGUGAGUGUGUCAGGCAUCUGAUUUGGAGUAUUUAUCAUCAUAUCUUAGUGUGUGUGAAUGUGAGUGCACUGCCCCCUGUAGGCCACAGCGCAGAAGGCCAACCAAUCAUGCAGAGAAGAAAAUUAAAAUUGAAUCAGUUCCUGUCUGCAUCCACUGGGCAGCAUCUGAUAAAACUUGCUAAACUAAGUUUUCAGCUUUGGAAGAAAAGAUUUAUUCCUCAUUUUAAGUGCCAUAUGAAUGUGUAACAGUCUUUGUUAAACCUGAGCAGACAGGUGACAGGUAUAAAGGUCAGAUGUUCUUUUUUUUUUUUUUUUUUCCAGAGAGCUGUCACCUGCCGCUUUCGUAACACGCAUGUUCAAAGAGUUGCUGCCUAUUUUUUCACCAGGGUGGGUGUUUGAUGGUGAUGAUGAUGUUUUGGCUUCCUUUAUCUGUACCUGGGGUCUCAUGCCUGUGUGUGCUCAUAGAUUCCCUCUUCAGCUGCAACACGUAUUACUCUACCAGUGUUUAAUGUUUCCUGCGAGACAGAAGUGUUUCUAUGACCCAGCAGACCCCCUCAUCCUAGUCCACACGGGUCAUUCUUUCUUUAUAAACUCGUUAAGAUAAAAAGAAAAAAAUAUUUGUGAAUGCACUUGAGGCUUGCACUUCUGCUUUACGCCCUCUUCGAUCUUCAAUCAGCCUGCCCCACGCCCUCAAGACCAAGUCAGUCAUUGCUUUUCAUUCAGUUGGAUUGAUUUUGGAGAUUUCCUUUUUUCACCAGUGAUGUUUAUAUUGUAUAUGAUUACUUGUACAGAAGAUCUAAAGCUUUUUUAUCUUCACAGGGGUAACACUUUUAAGAUGCAUCUUUCUCUGUCUCUUUCUCUUUUUUUUUAACAGAAGACUGAGUAUUUAAAACUAUUUUCAGGGAUCUGUAAAAGGAAUCUGAGGGUUUAAAAGGUUGUUUAUUUAAAGAAAAGGUCCACUGUGUCCAGGAAAAGUCUCCACCUCCCUUUUUGAAAGAUUGUUUCUUGUAGAAACGUCUUCAUUUUCUGCCCAUUUGCUUUAUAAUCCUAAAAUGUAAAUGUAAAUACUGUAACUGUGAAUACUAUAUAAAUAUAUAUAUUUUUGUUCCCUGAGAUUUGCUACAUGAAUACAGCUCAGAGGUCUAUGUAACAUAUGAGGUGAGCAAUGAGCUGGUAGCAGGAUAUUCAGCUUGUGUCAAGCUUUGUUUUUUUAUUUUCUGUUGUAAAUUCUAUGAAAAGUUGUUUGCGGUGUGGAGAAAAUAAAAGGUGCAGAAUUGGCAUGAGAAGAGGAUUGAAGCGUCAGCCCAUUUCUCAUGUCUAUUUAUUACACAACAAAUGUAUGAAAAAGGAAAAAAAUGGAAAUAAAGCAAUUUUGCAUACAUCCAUAAA